GAGCGUGGCGGGCGGGCGCUGGGCCGGCUCGUCCUGCAGCUUCGGCCUCUUGGCGCGCGGCGCCUCCGCUGCCAUCUUCAUGCUCGCGCCGAGGAGCCGCGGCUAUUUUUACAGAAAAUGAUCCACAGUCUGUUUCUUAUAAACUCUUCUGGUGACAUAUUCUUGGAGAAGCACUGGAAGAGUGUUGUCUGCCAAUCCGUGUGUGAUUAUUUCUUUGAAGCUCAGGAGAGAGCUGCAGAUGUGGAAAAUGUGCCUCCCGUCAUCCCCACACCUCACCACUUCCUCAUCAGCAUCUACCGAGAUAGAAUCUUUUUUGUGUCUGUCAUACAGACUGAGGUGCCACCUCUUUUUGUCAUUGAAUUCCUCCAUCGGGUAGCAGACACUUUCCAGGAUUACUUCGGAGAAUGUUCUGAAACUGCCAUUAAAGACAACGUUGUUAUUGUGUAUGAGCUUCUUGAAGAAAUGCUGGACAAUGGUUUUCCCCUGGCAACGGAAUCCAAUAUCUUGAAGGAGCUUAUUAAACCGCCCACAAUCCUGCGCUCGGUGGUCAAUUCUAUCACAGGUAGCAGCAACGUGGGGGACACUCUUCCAACUGGCCAGCUGUCCAACAUUCCUUGGCGAAGAGCAGGAGUGAAAUACACAAAUAACGAAGCCUACUUUGACGUGAUUGAAGAAAUUGAUGCCAUCAUAGACAAAUCUGGCUCCACGGUCUUUGCAGAAAUCCAAGGUGUCAUCGAUGCUUGUAUCAAGCUCUCAGGGAUGCCAGAUCUUUCACUUUCUUUCAUGAACCCAAGACUCCUGGACGAUGUUAGUUUUCACCCUUGCAUUCGAUUCAAGCGCUGGGAAUCCGAAAGAGUCCUCUCCUUCAUUCCUCCAGAUGGAAACUUCAGACUGAUUUCCUACAAAGUCAGCUCUCAAAACUUGGUGGCUAUUCCAGUGUAUGUGAAACAUACAAUUAGUUUCAAAGAGAAUUCAUCUUCCGGAAGAUUUGAUGUUACCAUUGGGCCUAAACAGAACAUGGGGAAGACAGUUGAAGGAGUCGUCAUGACUGUUCACAUGCCCAAAGCUGUACUCAAUAUGAGCCUGACACCUACUCAAGGCACUUACACAUUUGAUCCUGUCACUAAGGUGUUGACAUGGGAUGUUGGCAAAAUCACCCCUCAGAAGCUGCCUAGUCUUAAAGGAAUGGUCAAUCUGCAGUCUGGAGCUCCGAAGCCAGAGGAAAACCCAAGUUUGAAUGUUCAGUUCAAGAUCCAACAGUUGGCUAUUUCUGGACUGAAAGUAAACCGCCUUGACAUGUAUGGAGAAAAAUACAAACCAUUUAAAGGUGUGAAGUACAUCACAAAGGCAGGGAAGUUCCAAGUACGAACAUGAAGCUUAAGAACUCUGCUUUCCUGGCAGAUGGAUGGGGUGUAUGUGUGUGUGUGUGCAUUUUCCAGCCUCAGAGAAAAAUGAGCAUUAAUUACUUUAAAUUCCUCUUAAAUGCCAAUUUCAGCCAUUCCUCAAUUUAUCCAUUCCACGCACUAUUGAUUUUCAUAUAUAGUAAUAGUUAAAUUGGUCUUUUUCUACGUGGUUUUCAAAGAGAAAUGUUCUGUAAGUAGGACUGGCUGUUCUGGUGGACUCUGUGGAUCUCAGCUUGUAGUUACCACCUGGGGCUGUCCUUUGAACCAGCUAAGACUGAACACUGCCAAGCAAACCACCAAAGCACAAGGAGGAGGGUAUUGAGUUGGACAGAAAGGAAGCCCAUUUUGGAUAGCUAGCCGAGAAAGAAAUAUUACUGCAACCUGUUACUGAAAACGAAUCUCUGAGAAAGCCCUGCCAUUUCCAACUUUAAUGGAACAAAAAAGCCUUUUUCUGCAGGAUUUACAGCACCCUGCCUUUUUAAACAGAACUGCCUUAUCAGCUUGAGAAUUCAGCAGACAAUCUGUAGCCAAUGUUAGAUUUUUCUGCAAUUUGCUUUGAAAAUGAAUGAAUGCGAGUAUAGAACCUGAUCUGUUUCAAUUACCUCUGCAUUACAGAUGUCACACCUCAUGCUGUUU